AUGUCGGAGGAGGAAGACCGCAUUAACCAGCUGGAGAAUUUGGUUUUGAAUCUCAUGCAGCAGACUGCUCCAAGCUCCCCUGGAUCGCCCUCGGAUCUCGCGCCAGUCACGCCAGAGAAACGCCCUGCUCGUCAGAGCUCCCCCCCAUCAAGAGCUAAUUUAGAGCGACCUUCAGCUGCCCGACUCGAGACUCAGCGAGCAGUGUCACCCUCCCCAUCAGAUUAUGGAAGUAUUAGGAUUCGGGAAUCGGGUGUCAGCUAUGUCAGCAGCGCACACUGGGCGGCCGUACUCGACAGCAUUGCCGAACUGAGAGAUCACUUUGAGCAUGACGACGAACUUAACCCGCAUGGUUCUUACCCCGUCCAGCAGCAAGCCCACUUUCCCAGUCCCCAACUGCUUUAUGGUUGCUCAUUGCAUGUAACUGCAGCCUCAAUUCUUGGCUCCUUGCCCCCUCGGCCCGUUGUAGAUAAAUUAGUCUCACGCUAUUUCAAUGAUCUGGACAUGGCUACUGGCGUCGUGCAUAGAGGGAAGUUUCUCCGAGAGACUAUUGACAUAUUUCGAGAAAGAAUCAUCCAAUGCCUUAAUCUAGGCCAUUAUACAAGGGGUGGACCCUAUGUAUUGGAAACUUUGAUUCUCUAUUUCAUGGUUGAGGUUUUUCCACUUAAGGAGGUUGAGAUCGGCAUUUGGGUCCUGGUGGGCAAUAUAGUCCAAAUUGCUACACACAUGGGGUACCACCGAGAUGCAACGCACUUCCCCAACAUCCCCCCAUUUGCUGGCGAGAUGCGAAGGCGUAUCUGGGCGAUGAUAAUCCAGUUAGACUUCAGCAUCUCAACGCAAAUGGGCUUGCCCAGGUUGAUCAAAGAAAAUCAGACCAAUACCUGCGAGCCGCGGAACCUGGCCGAUUCUGAUUUCGAUGAGUUUUCAGCGGAGCUGCCCGCUUCCCGGCCUGAGACUGAAGCGACUCCUACUCUCUACACCUUAGCAAAGCUUAGAAUACUUUCCGUGGGGGCUAGGGUUGCCGACGUGGCCACUGAGCCUCGACCAUACUCAUAUACUACGGUCAUAGAGCUUGAUAAACAGAUUAACGAAGCCCGGGACGCCCUACCACCGAGCAUGAAGUGGGAAAGCCUUGCGUCGUGUCUCACUGCGCCGUCGCUAGAAAUCAUGCAGAAGAUUUGGAUAGAGAUGUGUGUCCAGCGGCUGAAGCUCGUCUUGCAUAAGAAGUUCCUCAUGCCAUCCCGGCUCCAGCAGGAGCAUGCCUACUCAAAAUCGGCUUGUCUCGCAGCUGCCAUGAAGAUUCUCGAAUUCCAGCACCUUGUUGAUGAAGAGAUUCAGGUGGACGGUCGCUUGUACCAAAUUCGUUGGAGGGUAUCUACGGCUUUCACACACGAGUUCCUCCUUGCUACCAGUGUCUUAUGCUUUUACCUCCAAGCCCUUUCUGUCGAACAAGAAUUACAACAUGAAAGCUUGGGAGACGUUGAGGCCGCCAAAGUGGAUAGGAUUCGAGAGCUCUUGAAAAUCUCCCAGAACAUAUGGCUCCGAUUAAGCCCUGACUCUACCGAAGCACGGAAGGCCGCCGAGGCAGUGCAGUAUGUUCUUGGCAACUCUGGACCUGGACCUGAGUCUUUCGGAUCUAUGGACAUGAUGCCAGGCCCUGCCCCUACGUCGGCUGUCCCAUAUUUCCCGGGAUUCCUGGACAUGGCACCUAGCUACGGUUUUGCUGGAUUGAGCUGGGAGCCAACAAACGAAUUUGAACAGUGGUGUCAAGCUAUUACUCGGAGUGAAUAG